AUGCCGAACGAUUGUGCCAUUUUGUCGAAGGAAUGUGAACAUUCUCUGCCUGGCGAUGUGGAACACAGUUUGUCUGUCAAAGAGCUCCGAAAAUAUCUUGAGGCUGGUUCUAAGCUUAGUAACCCAGAGCUUGAAAAAGAACUGGAAGAGAUCGCGACGAAACCGUGUAAAGAUAUCACUAAUUCUCUGGCGAUUAGCUUUGCUUUGGUGUCGCGUGGUAAAGAUGAAACAGACGCCAUACGACAUGGGAAAAACAGUUGUAGCACAAGCCACGUAAACAGGAUGGUGGAAUAUGCGCGUAGUGGGAAGAGCACAUCGAGAGCAGACAUUAAAGCUGCUGUGGAUAAGCUCAUCGGCAAGGGUAAUGCGAAGAAAACGAGAAAAGAGGAAAAGCCUCAUCAGACACCGGGGGAAGACUGCCGAAAGCAGCCACCCCCAAGCACUCCCGGGGAGCAAGUGGCUGACGUCGCAAAGGAACCAGGCUCGACGCAGGGCGUCGGUAUUUUCGCAGGGUUGAACGCGGAAAUGGCGGAAUACUUUAGUGGAUGGUCUGCACAGUACGAAGGCGUGGCGCUUCAAGAGAUAAGCGAGAAGGAACGUCAGUACCAGCAGGAGAAGAAUGCAAGAGAAUUAGCUGAGGAAGAGCUGAGGAAGGUCAAGACUGAAAACAAAGAACUGAAGAGCGAAAACACAACAAUGAAGGAAAAAUUCGAAGAGAUUCGCAACUUGACGAAAAGGUAG